UCCAUAUGCGAGCUCGCGGGGGUUCCUGACUGGUUCCUAGUGUCGAGCCGAGAACGCUGAUCAGGCACGCCGAGAGGCAAUUACGUCCUUUGACAGCUCAUGAGAAUAUUUAGGGGGCCAGGAGUUGGAUUCCAACCCCUCACUCCAUCCCUCCAUUUUUUAUCCGCUCGUCGUCACUACUGGGAGCCCAUUAAAAAAGUCAUACUAUGAUGCACUCCCUUUCAGGCUUUUCCGUUUUGGCUCUCCUCCUUGGCCUCUUGGUUUGUGCCGCUCCUGGUCCGAGGAGCUGUGAUACCGAGCUCUGCGGGAGCAAGUUCUUGCCCACUCGGAAUUUGGUUGGUGAUAGUCUAUUCGAGCGACACGAUCCCAAGGCAGAGCUGUCGCCUCGUGUACCAUCUCAUUGUCACCAUCUUCCCAAUCGCAAGUCGGAUGACUCGGGCGUUCCUUACUGUGCAGUCAUUCAGGUCCUCAGGAAGGAUAAUGGGGCGAGUCUCGGGUAUAUCUCGAAGAACACUUUCUUCCAGGCGCAGUAUCGCGUUCAGCCAGAUAUCUCGGACGCCGUUGUUGUCAAUUUCACGGUGCACAAUGUCCAUAAAACCCACACGGGUGUAGACUUGCUUACUGUGAACUCGGACAUCCCCAACUACUUCUAUUUGGGACUCGUGCAAGGUCGGGAUGAUGUCACCUCCAUUCUUCAUGCUGGCAGCUAUCAAUACGCUUAUAUCGCCAACACCAACCCAACUCCACCUGACUCGCCACCUCAAAAUGUCGGCAACUCGUAUACUCAAGCUACUGGCAGGCAACGCACCUCUGAAUCCGCUGUUUGGACCCUCGACGUUUCUGCUGGUACCAUCACUCCAGUAUGGACAAAUCCUGAUGGAACUCAACCACCUAUCCAAAUUUUCCUUCAGUCCACGGCGGUAUACAUCAGUGGGGACGCCGGUCAGUUCAAUGCGAGGUACCCUGCUCCCAUCACUUUCAUUACUCUCAAGCUCGUCACUCAGUAGUAAUGCUCGGUGGUUCGUUUAAAGUGUGAUUAUAUUAAUAAAUCUUACGCACUCUUACGAGUUCUUGGCCAACUCUUCUCCUUUUUCGAACGCGUCAUGCCGCAGCCUUAUUUGAUGGAGUGGGGGCAGUUUCAUUUUGAUUGAUGAAUUGUACAUUGCUAGGAUGGAUCUAUGGGCUUCAUCGUUUU